ACAAUGUUUGCCCAAUUUCCCGCAUUCACCAUUACCUCCAUUUUCUCUCCAGGAAAGUAAAUUCACUUCACGUUCGUUGUCAUGAGUUCUCAUUCAUGUUGAGUAGUGAUGUGAGAGUGACCGAAACUGCCGCCAAACGCCUCUGACCGGGGUUAGUCACACAGCGGAAGCGCCUUUGUUGACACCUCAUCAGACAGGCAGAACUCUGCGCCUGCAUCACACUUCUUUGUUCAUUUCUGUCAUUACCCAAUAGCGCGAUUCUACAGCUCGGCUAUACUAAUAUCUAUUCCCCUUCCUCUCGUUAUACCUAUCUCUCAACUCAACUCAAAUCAACUACUUUUGGCGACACUACUUGGAUAGCAAACUUUUCAUCCGAUUCUGCCGCAACUUUCAUCGCGACACAGCGAUCUCAAUAGUAAUGUCUAAAAAAGUACUCGAACCAUAUCUUUCUCUCAUGGCUACGCCUGAGGAAGAAUGUAUGUUGACUCCACUUCAACGUGUCAACUUUCGCUCACAAACCAAAAUCGCGGAAGACUACGACGAUUUGAUUUUCAUCGGCGCCUACGACAUCCAAAUAGAAUCUCAUAUCCAGAACAAGAAAACAAGCGACGUCUCUUUCCGGAUAAAAUUCAAGUUCAGCCCAACCGACACCUGGUCUCGUGGCUGGGCGGAAGAAAUCGAUCUUCAGAAAUACUACCAAGACAUCGUCCUCAACUACUGGCGCAGCAUCGGUGGGCGCUGUGAAGCGACGAAAUUCCAGAUGUACAAAAUACUCAGAAUAAUAGCGGAAGAGAAGAACAAGUAUCGCGUGCAGUGGGUUGGCUAUAAUGCGGAGGAGGAUACGAAUCUGGAGCCCAAGAAGAAGGUCUGGUCGAUCGCGCCCAAAGCUGUCCUUGCGUGGAAGACUCGCGCAGUGGAAUAGCUUGCAUGGCGUUGGGCAUGAAGAAGCAAAAAAAGUGAUUUUUUUCUAAUUGGUGGCGCCAGGAUACCCAGCAUGGUUUUUUUGAGCAGGCGUUUUGGUAUUUAUCAUGUUGGCUACAUCAUACCCAUAGCGUGUUCUUUCUUUUGUUUUCACAGCCUCGCGCAAGCAAAAGUUCAGUAUAUUAAUAUCAUCUCAAGAGCCAAGCAAUAGCGCUCUUAAAUUCCCAA